GGGGCUGGUGUAAGAAGGGAAAAGUUUGACUGGGUGGUUUCACAGAGAGCAGAGGCAUUUGAGUCGGGGCACACAUGCCUCAGUUGUGAGAGGCCCUUCUCCCCUUGGCUGGCUGGCAUCCCAGAGCAGAGGCAGAGAGACAGUGUGUGAGACCGAGGGUGAAGAGAAAGUUUAAGAGGAAGGUAGAGGAGUGAGAGGCAGACAAGUGAUUGAGAAAGUUGCUGAAAGAAAAGAGAAAUCAAAUUAGAGGCGGAUCAGUGUGGCUCCUGCAGGUUGUUUUUCACCGGUGUAUUUUUAUCUGUUGUGAGCAGGUGGUGUGUAUUUGGAGUUGACAGCCAUGGCGGAUACAGGUGUCAAGAAGGAGCGUAGAGGAGACUUGCCGUAUGACGAUGACGAGGUGGCACUGGUGGGUGCUGCCACUGAGCCAGCAGUCGAUGAAGACGACCCUGCUGAGGAGGUGGACCUGGUGCUGGCCACCGGCCCCGGAGGCAAGAGUGAAGCGCAAAUGAACGGGGUCAUGGUUCUGUCUCUUCUGGACAAGAUUAUUGGAGUGGUAGACCAGAUCCAGGUGACCCAAAAUGGGCUUGAGGCACGGCAGGAGGCCAUGGAGAAGUCAGUGUCGACCAUCCAAGGGGAGCUGGCCAAGUUAUCAAAGAACCACGUCGGCACGGCCAACACCGUCAACAAGAUGCUGGAAAAGGUUCGCAAGGUCAGCGUCAAUGUGAAGACAGUACGCAGCAACCUGGAGAAGCAGGCGGGCCAGAUCAAGAAGCUGGAGAACAACGAGAACGAGCUGCUGAAGAGGCGCAACUUUAAAGUCCUCAUCUACCAGGUGAGGCUGCACAGCUUCUUCUCUGUCUCUCACUGCAGGGUGCAAUAAAUGACACAGAAUACUCUGAUGCGUGUUUUUCCACAUGUGGAUUUAGACAUCUGUUGUUUACUCUUGAAGUACUCGUUAAACUCUGGUUAGAUUUAGAGUCAUGCUGUGGUGUGAGUCCACCCUCACCAGAGAAACCCAAAAGAGGCCCUCUAAUUCCUGAGGACCAGGGAUGCUGGCCAGAGCAUUAGCCUCAUGCUUUCCAUCACAUUAACGUCUGAAUAAGUUUUUCCUAAAUGUCACUGGGAACCAAACACUGCCACCAGGUAUUCAGCAACAGAUGACUGUUUUGUUUUUGUGCUCUGUGAGUUGGGUUCAGAGAGUACUUGCACCUUCCAUGGAAAAAAAGAAAGCAGUUAGUGAUCUGUCCGACUCUACAGGACUCCAUUACUCAGUGAUACUAAAUAAAGACUCACUGGUGUAAAUGAAAAUACAGGGUCUAUAAACACAGGAAUGAAAGGCUACUUGAGACAGGGCCAACACCUCUUGGUGCUCAUGGAUGAAAGGACAGAGAGAGAUAGAUAGACAGAUGAAGAUUUGCAAAUGUGAUGUGCACAUGAACAGCCAAUGCAAAGCCCUGCAUAUCCUAACCUCUGCAGCAUAAACAGUUUGAGAUGUUCUUCAAAAUAUUGUUCCAAGAUAAUUGUGCGCACAGCUCAGUUCAGAGUCCGUCAUGACAGACAAACUUCUUCUUAUCUCCUGGGUUGCGCACUGUUGAGGCAGGUUACUGUAUUGGUAUCUCGGGGAAAUCCAAUCACAGAGCAGCCUUAAUAAAUUACUCUGUAGAGCAGGUGCCCCCUGCUGUUUGUGACACUGUUGGGGGGUUUACUGCCAGACGUUUUUGAUGCAUGUCUGUGUGUACUACCCAUGUGGGACUCAGUACAGAAUUGUGGUGACAGUAUGCAGAACUGGAACUCAUUGCACUACUUUGUAAGGGGGUGUGCUGAUGUGUCAAAGUCAUACUGAACAAUGACUGAAGGCGCUAUCAGUUUGAUUUGAUAUUUUAUUUGCAAAGUGAACUUUUUUACCAGAAAAUUCUGUGGUGCUACAGCGUUCAUGCACAGUCCUAGCUAAGAAUCUUUUUUUUUUUCUCUCAACUCAAGAUUUUGCUGGUAUCACAUCAGAUAAGAGAUUAGUCACUUCCUCUUGAGAUUAUCUUAGCCAUGAAGCUUCUUCGCUGUUAUUUUCUCUCACUUUCAUGAGGUAGGAGCUGUCGCUUCCAUGUUACAGAAGCUGUUCUGAGCGCCCAUGAUCUAUUUAUGGCUGCAGCAAGGCCAGUUUAAUUGAGCGGCACAUAGGCCGGACAGAUAUUGGCACCGUUGCAAAUCAACACUGGCUCUCAGUCAGGUUUCACCCCUUUCCACCGUCUGUUUGUGUGUUAAUGUGUUAGAGUGGGACCGCUUUAGAAAUAGGUCAGAGAUUUUGUCUCUAAGGAUGAGGUCGGCGCGUAAAUAUUGUGAAGAUUGCAUUUAACGCUCUUACAGUUAAUGUACACAGCAGUGUCCUCAUAACAAUACUAUCUCUAAAAUGUGUGCGUUUAAUCAGGGGAGGCCGUGUGUGUGUGGGUGUGUGUGUGUGUGUGUGUGUGUGUGUGUGUGUGUGUGUGUGUGUGUGUGUGUGUGUGUGUGUGUGUGUGUGUGUGUGUGUGUGUGUGUGUGUGUGUGUGUGUGGCCAUUCCUCCUCAGUAUUACCUUUCACUCACAGUGUCAAUGUCAAGCGAAGCUAAAAUUUGAGUAAGACAAGUGAAACAUUCACAGCAUUACUUUUGCUGUGCAGGAAGUUUACUCUGCUUCAUCUGCAGGUGCCAUUUUUCCUCCUCUGUCACUCAGUCGGCGCUCUGAGAAUAGACGAGUUUCUCUCACGCAACAACUCUGACAGUGAUGCUUUAUAAUUAAACCUGUAACUGUCGCAGCAUGUAUGAUCCCCAGUCAGGAGAAGGAGGGAGGGGCUGUGAGGACGUGUUUACUAAAUGUGCAUUACAUAUCAGAUGAUGUGUGAGAAACUGUCUGAUGUCUUCAAUCAAAUAUGAAGGAAAUCCACUGGCGGACAUGCUGAGAUUUAAAGUCCUGCACUCAUAAAUUUUGCUCGUGGUGAAAGUUUUACACAGAAUAACCUUUGACAUUUAGGGUUAUAGGUGCAUCCAUUACAUUGUUUCUAUUCGUAGGUGUCGCAACUGUAGCGACUGGUUACGAUGUGGCUCAUUUUUAACUCCACUGCAAAGUAUAAAUGCAUAUGAUGAUUGCAAGGGGGGGCUACAAAUCUUUUAGCUCGCUAUGCAGAUAUGUCUGCCCCAAAGACUGUAUAUAGAAUGGACGUUGUCUGCCUCCUCGCUGGGUGAAGCCACUCUGAGAACAGCACCCUCUGGUGACGGGCUGCAGUAUCGGUCAUUAAUCCUGCCUCCUCGAAUAAUACCUAUGGAGCUGUGGACAAACUUUAGAAAUUAAUUACGCAGAAUAUACAGUUUUCUACCCCCAGUAGUGAUGUUGACAUGUAGUUACUGUGAGACUGGUUUGUGCUCAAGUCCUCUUUUGCGUACAAUGCUACUACGCAAUGUUGGCUUCAGGAAGCAGAGAAAAAACCCGGAAUUACAGAGAACUUUUCAGCUAUAAAUCCGUAUACUGGCGGAAGGCGGAGCCAAGCUGUCCAUAGUAUAUACACUCUAUGGUCUGCUCCUUAAGUUCAGAAAGAUCUCAAUUCUGUCACUUUCAACUUAGCCAGUUAAAGGAUGUCAUGAUGAACAGGUUGAAUGGCAAUCAAGGCAGCAAAUUUGACUUUUUACUGGUUCUGAUGAUCCUCUUCUUUUGUGGUGAAAAACAACGUUUUUUUUUUUUUUUUUUUAGCUCUGACUGGUUGCGGUGUCCAAUGCUGCCCAUAUUGAACUAAGAGGCUAAGUUUGUUUGGUUAACCGAGCAGGUGUGAAGAAAAUACUGGAGUAAAGCACUCCAAUGAAGCACUGAAGUCAUUGUAAUGUGUGAAAUCCCUACCAAACUGCACCUCAUGCAUCAUCAAUAAUUGGACAGUGCUCAGUCUAUCUUUAAUGUUGCUGUAAUGCCAAAGUUACGGUGAAUCUCUCAUGAGACUGAAACUGAAGCGGCCUCUCUGUGCUCACUCUCGAUCAGAAGGAUCAACAGAGAAAUUCCUCCUGGCAGAAACACAGCCGUGCUCUGGAAGUAAAGAACUUGAAAUAAAUGUUAGGACAACUGUUUCACUUCUCUCCUCAUCAGGGGUGAUCAACUCCUCUGAGAUGUUGGACUAACAAAUCCCCUGGAAGAGGCUUUGCAGCAGCUGAUGGCCUCCUGAACAAGGUGUAACAGAUGUGUCAUCAGAGCGCUAUAGGACAUGAGUGGCAGUAGGAUAAAGCGGUCUCUGUAUCACAGCUUCCCUGAGUUUCCUGCUCAUAUUGCACUUGUCUUAUAUUAACUACGCUCUGCAAGAACCAUCAUGCUCUAAACAAAUCCACAUUUAUUUCCCUGUGCCUGGUUACUCUCACAUUUCUAGCUUUUUUAAUUGUUCAUUUCAGCCUCUCAGGUCUAAUUUCCUGUUUUAGUGUUUUCUAAUAGUUAUUUGCUGUCAGGAAUGCAUUGAAAAAGGUUUAUGAGUAACAACUCUGCUUUCUGAUCCAAGCUUAAUGAUAGUUGUAAUGCAAUGAUUGGAAAUGUACUAAAUGCUUCUCAAGAGGGGGCUGCUUUAAGUGUGUAAAUUCCUCUCUGAGUAGAAGUUGAGCUUUUGAACAGAUAAAAGGUGUAAGCUUAUUUUGAGUAUCAACAUCAUUGCAAAAGCUGUUAUGAUAGUAGAAUUAUUAUGGACCAUGUUAACAAACUCAUAGUAGGAAGCUUAGAUGCUGUUUCAAUGCUCCAGGGUGUUUGUCAUGUUGGCUGAGAGUUUCUUACAAACAUUAUACAACAUAACAGGGAAGGCGUAAACUCCUGGCUAAAACGACGUGAUUAAACAAAAGUGAUUAAAUGAUCAGAUGCCCCUAAUUUGGCAUGGGCAUCCAACAACCUGGAAUAUAGCAGCACAGUGGGAAAAAAAAAAGUACCAUUUCGCCACCACCAUGGCUGGAGGGCUGCCACAGUGGUGGCGCCCUGUAAUAGCUGAGCCCUAUCUUCAAACAGAUCUAAUAGGUCCUGCAUGUAUCCAGGAUUUCCAUGAGCUCAAACUGGUGCUGGCUCAAAAAACUUCCAAGCUUGUGCCACACACUGAGGGUGAACAUGGUUUCGUAUUUUCUUUAGAUUCAUUUAUAUACCUAUUUCAGAUUUGUAAAAGAAACUAUGAGGAGUUUUUAAUUGGUUGAGAAAUAGACUGAAACAGAUUUUUAUGCCUUAAAGACCCACUCCAAUGAAAAUAAUGGGUUUUUUUUCUGUAUUUUACAUGUUUAUAUGGCAUUUUUAUGAUGCUCUAGGACACAACAUGAGAAAACUAAGUGUGAAAUUGCAUUUCUGAGUAUUUCUGCAUUCAAAUUGCUGUGAAUCUCUGGCAGAAAGGAACGGCAGGCUCAGACACAGUGAGAUUUUCUCCGUCACAAAUCAAAGCUGCGCCCCCGGCCCGGUGCCCCACUAUGCAGGUUAGACUAUGAGAAAUAGAGAGGAAAACAGCGGAACAAGCGUGUGGGUUAGCAGCAUUAGUUUCAUUAGUGACAUCAGUGACAUUAGCCGCAUUAGUGUCCGAAAGCUGAAUAACUCCUAUGUUACCUGACACUUCUACUACAUUGGCAAUGCUAGGCUGCAAGCAAGCGUAAAAAGGAGUGUGCAGAGCAGUGCUGUCUCUGCCCAUGACUCAGAGGCGAAUUGCUUAUGAGCUACUGGACCUCUGAAAAGAAAAGUCCUUGAAAAUGGCACAUGAUUUUGGCUAAAAACUUAAUAAUCACAACUAAAAGACCACUGAUAACCCUUUAAAUAGUGAAAAAAAAAAAAAAAAACGAUCGGAGUGGGACUUUAAGAGGAUGAGAUUUGCAUCUGGAAAAAAUGACUUUUACCUGCACAGAGAUACCAGGUAUCAUAUUGUCGACAGGGGGCACCAAAAUCAACACAAACCAAACCUCUUGUCAAACCUGUAAAUUCAGCUGCAAGAGGCUCUGGUGUGUUAUACUGGUGGUACCUGUAGUUAAUAUGUGGAGUCAAAAAUACUUGAUAUGCACUUUUCUUUAGUUUUCAGCCCAGUUGAAGUCCUCUGUUGAAACUGGUAAAUGUAUUUGUCAAAGUAAUUGAUCUGAUAUCAUAAAACUUCAUGUGCUUCAUGUAAUAUUCUUUGUUUUACACAUAGUAAUGAGACCUGUAGGCCCACCAUAGGGAGUAAAACCUCUGCUUUCAUCCAAUCAGCACCCUCCAUUUAAUUACUUGACCAAUAGCUUCAAGUGCAAAGAGCCGUGAGCGUGUGCUCCACUUAGAUUCUCUGUUUACGCCCUGGCUCAGCCUGUCUGAUCUGAGACUCACAUGUGUGCUUCACAAUGUGAAUUAUCUAUUUAAUUAUGAGGAUUAAAUCCCAGUCAUGCAAUGUGAGAGUGUGUGUCCAUCAGGGUGUGAGACAGCACUGCUGUUUGUCUGGAAUCAGGGCGUGUUUGGCUGCAGCUCAAGGACAGUGAUAGCCAUGUGAUCAACUCUAUCAGGGAGAUGUAAGACCUCUCAGUUACAGUCUACUUAUGCCGCAGCAGCCUCACUGAGCCUCCGGUAUACUCAGAUCCCAGCCAACAAGCCUUGCCGCAGCCCAUCCCACCGCUCUUUAAUAGCCCAAAGCCCUACCCAGACUAUGUAAUAAUAACUAAAUUCCACUUCCUCCAGACUUAGUGCUCCAGCCAAAGCUUUUUCCCACUUUCCAAAUCUUUUUUCCAGGAUAAAUCAGAUCUCUGUCUCAUUAUAGAAAGUGGCAGUUAUAAAACACUAAAGCAGUCAAGAGCACCACCUUCACAGAAAGCCUUCAAACCGGCAGCACCAAGUUAGCAAUGUGAUUCACUCUGCUGGCAUCUUUCUGCUUCUCUUGCCAAAAUGCCCACUUGCUCCUUCCAGUCACUCCCUUUAUCUGUGUAUCAGCUUAUCCACUCCACUCCCACUCAGGGAUUUAUCAAGAACCAAGGGCCAGACUCAUUCAGUAUUUGCUGCCACACUACUUUAGCUUACUACUUUUACACACCAGUCUCUCCUCUCCGUCCUUCCCGGCUGCAGCACUCCUCUUUCUCAUGCUAGUGGAAAGAUAUCUGACAGGCUAAACAUUUCACUGCUGCAUGUCAGCUUCUAUGUUGAGCCAGUCCUGAGUUCCAUUACCUAGUGGCGUGAGAGCUUUUGCAUGUCAGAUGUUGUCCAAUAGAUCAUGGUUGUGGGUUUCAUACUAGCAGACGUUGACAUGCAUAGGAAAAACAAAAAUGAGUCAUUUGAAUUCUGUCUUGCAAAAACUGAAGUGAGAUGUUAUCAGUUGCUUCUAGAUAAGAGAGUGCACACAGACAGGAAACACCCUGAAUCUGACUUUUUCGGUUUUUGUAGUUUUAUAUUUUACGCACAGAUAUUAAAGCAGUAAUUAUUGUGAAUUGUGGAAAGUGAAUCCAAAAACAGACAUUUAUUUCCUCUCAUCUUCUUUAUUCUAAGGCAAGAAAAAAAACACCUGGGAGGCAGAUCUAGAUUUUUCACAUCAAAGUCAUAUUAUAAACCAAAUCUGUCUUUUUAAAUACUGUCAUUCUCUUCCAAAAAGUCACAUUCGUGCAUUUAUUUGGCUGCGCUGUACAAGUGAGGUCAAGUUGAUGGAAGUGAAAGCAUUGGUGUGGCAUGAUUAAUCUGGUUUGGUUUCAUACACAGUGUGUUCAACACUCUGAAGUCUGUCUGUGUCUGUGUGUGUGGGUGUUUGUGUAAGCUACAGUAGGUGGACCAGCUGAUAGUGUUACAGUGGCCUUUCCUGGGCCCCUGUCAUUAAGAUCUACAGUUUUACAGCAGAAGGUGAUCCCUGCUAUUUAGACAUGUGUAAACGUCGCACGUGUAUUAUUGUUAUCGUCUAUUAUUAGAGCUGUUCUUCUAAACGGGCUGUUUUAUGCUUGUAUUAUGAGGAUACAGAUCUUUUAUGAUUAUUCUGAAAAUGGUGAAGUGCUGCAUCCCUCAUCACAGUGUGUACAAAUCAGUUUAAUGAAAUUUAGUAUAUUCCAGUUAUCCAUUUGAUUCGGUGAAUUACUGCAUUUUAUAAGUUGUGAUGUCUGAUAUCAGGCCCCACCUGCUCUCCUGUACCUCAAAUCACCCUACAGCCGACGUCCGUUUUACCAUCUGGGUGCUCGAUCUGCUCCCUCGUUGAUUUGAACAGUUGUCGUCCAGCGCCUUGGCUGGCAAACAGAUAUGUGUCCUCAUCCUCAUACAACAUGACACUUGCUGGAAGCUGCUGAUAACCUCCAUGCUGUUUAUUCCAAGAUUUGUAGGCACACCCUCCGUCAAAGAUGCCACGGGCAAAAAAAAAUAGUUUGACAUAUGAGUGAGUAUAUAUGAGGAUUGUGCUAUGUUGUUUUUGAUUAUAAAUACUCCAGCAGCGAUGUAACAGAAUAGCAUAGUGUUCUGUUUCAUUGCGUGUGUCUGAAUUUAGCCAUCAACAACAUCAAUUGAUUGAUUAAUUAGGUUUGUAGUGUAUUCAUGUGUGUGUGAGUGAGUGUGUGGAGGCAGCCUCAGCUUUUGGUUUCAUACUGUAGUUAAAACAGAAGUUACCUGCACCACAAGAAAUGCCUUUUCAAGCGUAGUGAACAUACUGAGUAGUCAUGAAUCCACGUUGAAUAAAUAGGUGUUGGCUUUGUAACUAAAGGUAUUCAUGAAAAAUAAAGUCUGGUACGUGCAAAACUUCAGUCCAAAGUGUAACAGUCCGGUUGCCCUGGUUGUCUAUUCCUCACCGCUGCUGUGGCGGCCCGCUGUUCUUGUCACUGGUAUGUGAGUUAUAGGCUGUCACUGAGGGUGUGCCAGAACUCUCUGUGGGUUUGGUACCCUUUGGGAUUAGAUUUUGCAUGCACAUGGAUGCUUAGGAUGAUGAAUCUAUAAAUAAUAGGCACCGCGCUUCAAUUAUGUUUUCAGGGUACGAGACAAACUUUGAAGGUGAGUCUUUGGACUACAUUUUACCACAGAGUUAUUGCUUUUAUUGACCUCAAAAGAAUGUAGGGUGUCAUUUACAAGGUUUAACACAACUUCGGACAGUAAUACUCCAAAGUUUAUUGUUAUCUAUUGUGAUUAUAUUAAUUAAACUGCAGUAUUUGAUUAAAUUUUAAGCAAAUUAUAACAAGAAUUGCUCUAGUUGAACUCAAAAAGGUGCACUCCUCUUCAAACUAACAGACUACAAGCUUCAAAGAGUGUCAGUUUCCACUCCUUUGGUAUCCCAUUGCAUGAUACAUUAUUUCAUAAUCAGCAGCACAUCUCAGAACAAAGCAAAGCAGUGUAGCUGAUUGCUCGUCUGCCUCUGCAUUGGUACCCAUGGGUGUUAUUUGGCACCAGUCAUCAGUCAUAAAUCAUUACACUGGCCUUAUAUAAUUCAGUAGUUGUAGUUUCCUAUGGUUGAGUCCAGUAGUGUUGUCAUGCAGACGCAUUAUUCAUGGCUUUACUUUAUUCACACAUCACAGUGAAUAAGGAAACAUUGAAUUAUUGAUUUGAUUCAUUUGGGUAUGGUGUCUUUUUGAUAAAACUCUUUAUUUACACUGCAUGUUUUUGCUCAUAUAUUCUUGUAAUGGUAAAUUUCAAACAGAGAGAUGGAAAUUUGGCUUAUUUUACACUUGGGUGCCAGAGUGGGUGACGAGAAAUGGUGGUUAUAUAAUAUAUUCCAGCGCUGUAGCUGCUACUCUAUGCUGUGAUGUGAAUGGAAAAGCACAUUUUCCAUCUUUGCGUGGGACCUGGGAUUCCAGUGGUUUCAGAGUUAUGGAUGUGGGCAGACUGAGCUGUGGAAAAGGGUUUCCCUCUGUACGUGAAAUCACAAAUCACUGUGACAGAAAAACCAAGGAACUCCCCUCCUGUGGUGUGUGCACAGUAACAUGACAUGGCCAUGUUGGCUCAGUGAUACACAAAGCCCUCUCUUUGAAUGAAUCUGUCUGCAGACAGAGCGUGGCUGUCUGUUAGAUUUUCCAUUACCUGCAGGACACGUUAACAUGGCACUGACAGAGCGUGUCUGUAAGAGACAGGGGGCUCGUAAGAAACUGAAUUUGACUUGUGUCCUCAGUUAUAUGAGUCACCCUGAAAAUGCCUGAGGUAGUGGGUGACUAGUCCUGUUAGUGCCUUAUUUAACAGCGUGGGUGGCAUCAAUAUUAAUGACCAGAGCACAUUAGCGUCCUUAUUUUAGCUUCCCAGCUCUCUUUAGGGAUCAAAGCAAUGCAAUUCAGGCCUCUGCAGGGCUCUUACAUGCAAGCCUCCACCUCUGUUUCAUGUCAAUCACUCAUUUGGCCUUUUCCAUCCAGGGAGGGCGCAUGGGUCAGUGAUAUCACUCAUUGUGAAAGCUAAGUGCACAGCUGCGAGGACUGGACAGGAUCAGACAGCUGCUCCUGUGACUCACCGGAGAGGCCUUUCAUCACUCUGCCUUAUAGGGAAUGGUGUGAGUGUCUGUAUGCCUGUCUAUGUGUUUGUCUACGGAGGAACAAGUUGUUUAUGGUCUGCAUGCAUGUAGCUGGACCAGGAUUAUAAUGUGAUUGAAUGUACAUGGAUUUGGUGUCUUUAGAAGGGUCUACAUUGCUCUCUUUGGUUUAUAUUGUCAUGAAAAAAACCUACCUAAAAGAAGUAACCCUGGAGUCUGCAAAGGUGCUACAGCUAAUAGAAUCUCCAUAAAACCUGUUCAUUUUAGAGCCACUCCUCUCAUUAGCACACCGUAGACAAGCUUGAAACCAUCCAUCAUCAUGUAUCCAUUUAAUGCUUAUAUAUCGAUGCCGGUUACAAGAGAUAUAUUGCUUAGUGACAGCAUCAUUAGUCAAGAGAAAAUAUUGCACCAUGUGGCUCUGUAAAGGUCUUGUAGCGGCACAUGGAGAGACAGAGAGGGUCUCUAUAUAGUUCUCAUUGAGAACACAGUUUCCUCUGUUGUCGUAGUAACAGACAGUGAUGACAUUUUCCCAAGGUCCUCGAAUGAGUCACACAGAGAACAUUUUGUCUCUGAUAAUGUUUAGACACUGAAGAUCAUUGCUGUUUUAUAACGUAAUACAUAAUUGAGAUUUUUUUAAUCGUUUUUUACUGUUAUCUAAUCUUUAGCAUAUUAUCCACCUAUAAACAGCAGACACUACUCAUGUGCAGCAGUUAUUCUCAGCCUCUGCCUGUUUUGACAAUCCUGUCUUAUUUAUCUCAGAAGUCAAAAGCCUGAUUCAGACUCUAAGAGGAGCUCUUUGCCCGAAUCAGACAGUCAGAGAGGGAAUUUGUUGUGGGCAUUUAGUCAUUACCGAUGUUUGUCCCAGAUCAGUUGGCAAUGUGAGAGUUUAUACCGCUCUUUAUUUCGAGUUUAAGCUUUAUUGAGAGGACAGUGGAUAAUGUAGAAAACUGAGAAAGAGUGAUAAAGAGUCGCAGUUUGGAAAUUAACCCAGACUGCCCACUUCAAGGACUAAAGCCUCAUGGGGUGUACGAUUUAACCAGAAGGCCAAACUGGCACCCCCGGGGCCAAGUCUGUAAUAUCUCAGCAUGUUUGAUAUGAAGGAUUUAGAAAAGGGAGGAUUAAGUCUGAGCUCUCUGAGCCAACAGCGAAUGAGAGAGAAGGAGACAGAGCUGCUGACAGGAUUUCCAACAAUAGUAAACAUGAUCUAAAACCAAGGACAACUGAAGCACCUCUGGUGAUACAACAUGAGAAAUGUACAAUAAAAAGACAAAAGGAGAAAUCCUAAACAAUCUCUUUUUGGACUGUUAAAAGGCCGUCUCUAUUUUCGUGUUUUUCAAGGACUGCAAGUGUCCAUAAUAUACCUUAAUGCUGAUGCUUUCUUCAGUCUGAAAAGUGCUCCAGUAGGUGGAUUUAGUCUUCAGGAAAAUCAGAUUGGAUUUUACCUAUCCAGAAAAUCAAACAAACAACAACUCAUGCUGACUAAAUCACUGCAACUGUUAUCUUGUGGAACUUUUUUUGUUCCUUCUUUUUUAGUUUUUCUUUCUCACAACAGCAAGGCAUCUGCAUAGCAGACUGUAGCCACCACCCCCUUGUUUCAUCUCUUUCCCUGUGAGCUCACUUCAGGUCAGACUUCAAUCAGUGAGGGAACGUGAGGUGGUGUAUUUUCCCUCGGGCACAUACUGUAGUCUUAAUUAUAACCUGUGUUGAGUAAUAUGCUAUUAUUAUUAUGAUCAUUCUUAUUAUUGUGUGCUGUGUCCUCAUCUGAGGUCCAGAGUAUCUGUGAAGUUUCUCUUGAUUUAAAGAAAAUAGCCCAAUUCUGCAACUGGUCAAUAUUGAAUCUACUGCAGUAUGAGUCAGGUUGCAGCUGUUUACUGAAAUCUCCCUCUUUGGUCCACUUGGACAUUUUUAUGUUGUUGGUUUUUCUAAGCCAAACAUUACCUAACUCAGACACAGCCAUGGAGCAAGAGUUCCCACUCUUUCUAGCCAACCUUUCCACGAAUUAUGCUUCAUGCUUCUCUUCGACAUUAGCCACAGACCCCUUUCUCUUUGAGGAGAGCGUACAGUCUGUCACCAAUGUCCUGGUGCCAUACUCACAAACACAUGGUGACAAGUUGGACAGGAGAGGAAAGAACCACAGAAACACUAAUGAGGUACUUCCUCCAGCUGCCGGUAGCUUGUUUUUUAAUCAGGCAGGAGAGCCCAAACAGGCUAUGCUUGUAUCGUUCAAGUUUCCACAGAUAGCUCGGGCUGAGUCUACUUUUAGGAAUGUAAAAAACAAAAUGUUCCAGCAUGUGAUAUCACUGCUUUUGUACACGGGCUUCCAAAAGCCUUUAAAAACUUUAUCAAAGGUUAGAGGACUUUCAGUUCUGCGUAAAAAUAUACUCAGCCUUACACUGUAGAUACAUUGAGCUUGUUUUUCUUUCAUAUGAAGGUUUUAGGUAGAAGAAUCUGGCUGUUUGAUGUUAACAACAAUCCCCAUUAGGCCGCAUCAUUUAUGUGAGGUAUUUCACCCCCAUGGUCAUGGACUGUGAUGUAAUUUCUGCUUUCUUUUUCCUAUGAAUUUGUUGUUCCCAGGAUGCUGUGCACCGCUCUUUUCCAUUGGCUGGAAACACGUCCUUAGCUACCACUUCCAAUGAAAGUGUUCAUAGUUCUGUUAAAUGGAAAAAAAAAAAAAAACCUUGUCUACAUCUCUGAGCAUCUUGUUUACUUGUGCAUUUGUUGAUGUGUACUGUACAUAAAGUUUGUCCCUCUUAAGCAGCCCCCCAGCAAAACAACACACUUGAAAGUACAUACGGUUUUAAAUGUCGGCUCAACACAGGAACACAAAUAUGUACUUUGCUAUUUAUGGCUUUCUUUUUGAGCCUUCAUUGAGCUCCAGACAAAAACCUGGACUAUGCGUAACAGUUUCAUUCACUUUUAUCUUUGCAUACCAUUAAUCUAAAAUAACCUAUGGAAAAAUGUUGUGGUCGGGGCAUUUAAAAAUACAGCAUCUCUCAUUAUUGGCAUCAUGAAGCUUAUCCCAGUUUUCUCUGUGUGUAUGUCUUCAAAGCAGGUGCAGUAUUUAUUUCAAUUAUAUUGUAGAGCAACCGAGAGCCCUAUGCCGGUAAAUUGUUGUUGGGAUCUCAGCUGUCUAUCCAGCUAAAUUUCACCACCCACCAGAGAAAACAUGAGCAGGUGGUUGCCAUGGUGACAGGGCUGUUGUGUUUAUCUGUUGCCGUGCAGUAAGGGGAGGGAGGGUUUUGUGUGGCAGGGGGCGAGGGGUGUCUGCAGGACUUAAAGCUACAGUGGCUGGUAGCCAGAGAGCGGUAGAUGGUAUUCAGAGAGAGGGAAAGGCCAGCCCGAAAUAAACUCACACAGAGCAGGCCCACACCAUACACUUGGAGAUAUGGAGGCAAUGUCUGUUUUACGAGAGGAUCAUAUGGCAAUAUUUGAACUGCUCAGGGAAAUGUGCUGAUCACCUGAUCCGACAGGUGCCUGUAUUUUUUUGUUUGUUUGUUUGUUUUCAGAGGCUUUAAGAAGUAUCAAGAUCUAUUUUUUCCUUAAAGGUUACUUUAAGUUACUUCAGUCACGCCCCAUAAAAACCACAUUACUGUGGUGUGAGUAAUUUGUAACCGAUCUGCUGUGGUGAAUCUGAGGAUGCUCAAAUGUAGAAUAUUAUUGUCACGCGUGAAUGACCUCAUUUCAGGGGACUGCUUUUUUUUUCUUCUUUAAAUCAGAAUUGUAUUCAUUGGAGGUAAAUGGGGUGAUGUCCUUGUUUUAUAUGUCACAGGAAUGAGCAAAGGGUGUUGCAAAAAAUAGAACCAAAAUCAGAUUUAAUCUGAAGUGACAGCCAGGCGUGGGAAGGAGGAGUGAUUACGCUCCGAGUGAGUCUGGAUGAUGAAGGUGCUUGCUUAUGUCAGAAGUGAUGCAGAAGUGCGAUGUGUUGACAUGGUGAUGGUGACAAAUUUGACAAGUUUUUUCUUCCUUGUGAAAAUGAUUUUCUUUUUUCAUGACCUCCAACGUAAAGGACUUCAAUCUGGAAAAAUAAACAGAUAUGUGCCUUUUAGAUUUUCUCUAAAUGUAGCAUAGACAGGUCAAACCAAAUAAGCAUAACACUUAAGUUGAGAGGGGAAAAAGUGAUUUUCACAAUUAUCUACAUAUUCAUCCAAUUCUUAGAGACUAAAAUAUGGUCAUCAACAUUACAUGAAUGAACACGUUUGCCAUAAAAUAUUCAAAUCAACUAAAUCUUUCACUGGUGGGGAAAAUGUAACAACACUGUGAGUAUCCACACAUCAGACCGUACAGAUAAUGGUGCAAAGAGAUGUAGUAAGUUCUGGUUCUGGAUUGCAGCGCGAUUGGUUCGCUAAUCCCUCUGGGGUCCUCAACUUGCUGUGAGGAGGAUAAAAUAGCAGAUGGGUGUUAUAUCAUAUGGACCUGUGUAAGACCAAAGGAACUUUUAUGCUUCUCCCUAUGUGGAUGUCUAGUUUCACCCCUGUGGACUCCUGCCAGCCAGCGCAGAGUUAUGGUAUUACAGUUAUCAUUGCUGAAUAGUUGUCAGAUUUACAGAGCCAGUCUUUACCUGGUCGUAUAAUUAAACUGUCUGCAUGUGUGACUUCUAUCAUGGACCAAAAUCUGGAAAUAAAUCUGCCUGUCUGUGAAACUGACUGACUGACUGUGUAGUGAAAGCACCUUUAGAGUUUGUUGUCAUCUCCAUUUUUUAGCUAAUCCUGAACAUUUUUACUUAGGAAUUAACAUUUAGGAACAUACUCUGUUCAGUGGUAGACAAACACAUUUCAACAUAAAUGAAGUCUGAAAAGUUCUGUGGAAGUUAUCAAGAGAAAUGACUGCAAAAAAACCUUAAGUGGUCAUGUUUCACUGCCUGUUUUUGUAUGACUCUAGAGUUGUUCAGUGAUAAAGGUUUUGCCACUAGAUGGCACUCUAGACCAGCAACAAGCAGUUAAGGGAUGUGUGUCCUGAAUAUGUAUGUGAUAAAUGAAUAAAUGAAUGUGUGAAAUAUCAUCCCAAUUUUUAAUUUUGAUCCUCACCCAACAGCUAUUAAGUGUAUUUUUACGGGAUCAUGGUUGCAUGAUAGUAAAUGAAAUUUUAAAAUUAGAAUUAAUAGAAACAUGUCUGCAAUUUUGUACUAAAUGUCAAAUUGAAAUGUUAAUCAAUUCUCACGGUGUGAAUCUUUCCUAUAGUGCAGCUGAGAUUUAACGGUCUUCUGUUUUUCUUUUCUGUCCCAUUUUCUCUCAGGACCAAGUGAAGCCCCUAAAGACCUCCAAAUCUAAGACCGGAGAGACAGUGGUUGAAGGUACAGCUGUGGAGGGCCUCGAGCAGAUACCUGAAGAGGGUAAAGAAGGUCUAGCAGAUAACCUUAAUUCAGAUGAGGAGGUGGAGAUCGAAGAGAUCAUUGAAGAGUCUCGUACCAAGCGCAUCCAACGCUCUACAAAGCAGCAAGUCGACAACAUAAAGAAAGCCUUUUCCAAAGAGAAAAUGGAGAAGACCAAGCUCAAGACCAAAGAGAACUUGGAGAAGACAAAGCAAAGAACCCGUGAGAACCUGGAAAAGACAAGACAGAGGACCCGUGACAACUAUGAGAAAACUAAGCACAGCUUUGAAAAAAAGAUGGGCAAGCUUGGGACCCGCAUGACACCCAACCAAGAGCGCAGGGCGAAGAUGAAGAGCUCCAAAGACAAGGUGAAGAAGUCCCUAACCCCUGACCACACAGUCUACGCCCGCUCCAAGACAACGGUGUACCGCGUCCCUCCCUUCACCUUCCAUGUUAAAAAGAUCCGAGAAGGUGAGGAGGAGGUGCUGCAGAACACAGAGAUGGUGGAAGUGACCGAGGCAGAGGGCCAGCCGGGGGGAGAGGAGAACGGGCUCGGUGUGCAUGUGAAGGUGGAGGAAGGGGAGCUAGUGAGUGUAGACACCCCAGACAUGGGAGGUCUGCUGGAAGUGACUGAAGACUCUCAGCUGGUCAGAGUGGAUCCAGACCACUCAAAGUGAAAAGAGCAUCCCAGAUCUGCAGGGUUGUGAGAAAAAAGAAAAAGUUUGACAAGAAGAGGAGAGUUUGAUGGAUGAGUCAAAACACAAGGACACAGUAUUAGUCCCAUAGACUUUCUAGAUGUGAUCAAAAUCUAUAAUAUCUCAUUUGUUUUCUGUUCUCUUUUUAUUAUACCAGACAGGAAUGACUUUCAUACUUUCUUCACUUCAGCAUACACAUAUUGUCUAUAAAACAAAGGAAAAGCAAAGCAUUUACAUUAACUCUAACACAUGCUGCAAGCUAACUGGUUAUCCUAGAUUUGAAUAGGAUGUUUGCUGUUUUUUUUUUUUUUUUUUUUUUUGGUUUGAUAAAAUGAGUGAUUCUAAGAAAGAAAAAAACUGUAAAAAAAUAGUUUCUGUUAUUGAGCUGUGAUGAUAAUUGUAUUAUUUUCCAUGAAUGAUAUGCACAUUGUAAGGUGUGGAAAACGGAGGUUAUUGGCAGGGUUUUUGCAUUAAAUAGAGGGUUCGAGGGAUGUUUUCUGUGCAUACAAAAUAAAGGAAUGAGCAAAAAGGUAAUAUUAAGGACAUCAGCAUACAUGAAAAUAAAGACCUGAGAUUUUUGACCUGAGGAUAUAUCAGGAAAUGGACUUGCUUUUCCUUAUUUGAAAAGUCAUGAUUUAGUGCCGCUUAUACGGCAUCUUACCAAAAACGACAGUGUCAUUAUUGUAAAUAUAAAUUAACUGACGGUAGAGGUAGAUUCAGAAUAUUUGAGCUCUCACAAAUAGUACCAUCGUAACACCUGAUAUAUUUGUUGGACUAUUUAUUUUCAAUCCAGUGUUUUCCCAUGACUGUUUUUUUAUUAUUGAAUAUAAAGCACCUUUAAACAAGAGGCACAGAUUGUUUUCCCAGGUGAGUAGUAAAUGCCUCAUGAAGAACAAAUGCUCAGAAUAACUAAUAAAACUUUCAUAUGCACAUCAAAGACAGCACAUCAGUACCUUGUGUGUACAUGUUUGUACUCUAAUAAAGAAAAGCAAUAGUUUUCUAAUAGCAUACCUUUGAAAUUUAUUCUAAAAACCUUGUUUGCCAACAGCAUUACAUGACUGAUGUAUAAUUCAAUGUGGUACAUUUAUUUUACCUAGACAUAUUAUUCUCACACACUCCCACAAAGCAAAUGAUUGCACACAAGAGGAGAAAAAUGACAGUCAUCACUAUGGUUUCUAUGGUCACAGCUCAUCAAAUUACAUUUGCUCAUUCCUAUUUAAUGUCCCCAUGGCAAUCCCAAGCCGAAAAAAUAUUGUCUGAAGAGCAAAAUGAAAGUUUAAUGACGGACUGCGUAGCACAUGAAGCAGCAAAUAUAAUUCUCAGUCUGGUCUACAUUUCAGAGGAAUGGUGGGACACUUGACAGAUGGUUCAGUUCACAGACAUUGCAAUUAGAGUGGAAGAAUAUUUGUGGACUUUUAAAUUAUUUAGGGAAUGUCCUCACUUAUGUCCUUCAAAAUAUAACCCCUAAAGUGAGGCAAUGGUUCAAAUUCAGUAAAGGUGGUCGUACAUGAGACAAGUAGCCUAUGGUUUUGAGUAACUGUCAUGAUUUAAACUGGCACUGGCAGUGUCCACUUUGUGACAGUGUCAAUAAUGUAAGGCAAACACACAGGAACAGGGACUGUAGACAGGACUAAGGAGCUUCCAUUUUUGUCCCUGAACCCUGUGUGUGAUCUUGCUGUACUGUGGGCCUUGGAGGCCUGAUGUGUAGCAGGGAGCACCAUUAAAGUAAUCAAUGGGAUAGUGAAUGCAAUUAAGGAGAGUGCUCCCCUUUGAGCAUGGAGCAGGGUACAGAGCAGUGAGAGGGACAAUGAAAAAAGGUUGUGUAUGUCUGUUGGUGUGUAUAUUUGUGUCUGUGUGUUUCUGAUUGUGAGAAAUAUGUGCAUACCAUAUUCCCAGACAUUUUCAUAAGUGGGCAAAAUAAAUCUGUCGCAGGCACGUGACCUAAUGCAGGUUUUUAAUUGUAAAAGGUGUUUUUGUUAUUAAAAACAUCAACAUUGUCAAAACACUUGUAAUAUACAGGUCCACCUUCAAUCAAAUGUGUGAUGUUGCCACCAUGUAUAUUUUGCCUUGUUAUGAUCAACUUAUCAUGAAAAGUGGCUUACUGUUAGUGUGAGGCAGGUUGUGCAAAGCUUGUAUAAAUAUUAUUUGAGAAAGAAAUGUCAGUCACACGUUGUAACAAAAAUGCUCUAAUGUUCAUGAUUAAUUCUCAAUAAAGUCAUGAAGCUUUCCUUCUCUGAUGUGCUUAAGGCCUCCUUUGCUUACAACUUAAAUAUCAAUAAACUUAUCAAAUAACAUAAA